AGAAAGUCAAGUAAGGCUAAAGAGAAGAAACAGAAGAGGCUGGAGGAGCGGGCCGCCAUGGAUGCUGUCUGUGCCAAAGUGGAGGCCGCCAACAAGCUCGAAGACCCCUUGGAGGCCUUCCCAGUGUUCAAGAAAUACGACCGGAACGGAUUAAAUGUCUCCAUUGAGUGUAAGCGAGUCUCGGGGCUGGAGCAGGCCACGGUGGACUGGGCUUUUGAUCUCACCAAAAGCAACAUGCAGACCUUGUAUGAACAGAGCGAAUGGGGCUGGAAGGACCGAGAAAAAAAGGAAGAGAUGACCGAUGACCGGGCCUGGUACCUCAUUGCUUGGGAAGAGAGCACCGUGCCUGUGGCCUUUUCCCAUUUCCGGUUCGACGUGGAGUGUGGGGAUGAGGUCUUGUAUUGUUAUGAGGUCCAGUUGGAGAGCAAAGUGCGGCGGAAAGGCCUGGGCAAGUUCCUGAUCCAGAUCCUGCAGCUGGUGGCCAACAGCACGCAGAUGAAGAAAGUCAUGUUAACAGUGUUCAAACACAACCAUGGAGCGUAUCAGUUUUUCAGAGAAGCCUUGCAGUUUGAGAUCGAUGACAGCUCUCCCAGCAUGUCUGGCUGCUGUGGCGAUGACUGCUCCUAUGAGAUCCUGAGCCGGAGGACGAAGUUUGGGGACAGCCAGCAUGCCCACUCAGGUGGGCACUGUGGUGGCUGCUGCCAUUGA